AUGGCGCCAAAUGACACAAAUUCUAUUGCAAAUGCAAUCAUGAAAAGCGACAUACCUGUACCAUGGUGUGAGGAAUUUGAAAGCAUGAUUAAUGGCAAGAACUUCGCGACGCUAAAUUCAGAGAUGCUCAUGGAAUACAAGCUAUCGACUCUUCAAAAACUGAACGAGUUCAACGAUACAUCUAUACCGGAGAACAGCACACUUGCUUCAUUGAAAAAUAGGCGCAUGGCAGUAGCGAAGCGAAUGCUCGGCCGAAUGGGCAAGAAUGCGAGUAUCGAGCAGUCAUUUUUUGUGACCUGGGGAUGCAAUACAUUCAUCGGUGACGAUGUCUAUAUCAACCGCGAGUGA